AUGGCAUUCAAGCAUAAGGUGCAAGGGUUGAUCAAGGCAGGAAUCCUAAACUUUGAAAAAAAGCCGGAACAGAAUGUUAACAACAACUCACUGCCAAAUCAUGUUGGGGCAGGGGUAAAUGCAAUCGAAAGGGAGGUGUAUGUUAAAAGGAACAUACGGGAAGUGGAAACCUCCAUGGAGAAAGUAUUUGAAGCCUUGGUAAAAGCCAAUAUGCUUGAGGAUUGUAGCUCUUUCCGGAAGGAAGUGCAAAGAAUGAUAGACGAAUCAAAGAUCGAGUUUUACACGGAAGUUUCAAAGUCAGCAGUAAACAUGAUAUCCAAGGAGUCCACUCACCCAAUGAAGAUAAAACCUUUAACUAUUUUCUACGAACCAAAAGGAGAGUUUGUGGAGGACAAAACCCAUGCCAAGAUGAUCAUCGAAGUCCCUAAACCCUUCCCCUACAAAGACAACAAAGCUGUCCCAUGGAACUACAACUGCAGUGUACAAGUUUCAAAAGCGGAAAAAUGGAUAGCUGAAUCUCAAGAUGAUGCUGUAAAUAUAACUGGUGUUGGAGGGAUUACCCGCAGCGGACGUUGCUAUUCACCGAAAGCAUUCGAGAAUCUCAAGAAUGAGAAGGGAAAGGAAAAAGAGCGAAGUCUGAGAGAAGAAAAGGUACAACCUCCGAAAUCGACAGAUGACUCAAAAGGAUCGGUGACGGAAAAAGAAGCUGCCGAGUUCCUUAAGUUCAUCAAACAUAGUGAGUACAAUGUAGUCGAGCAAUUGAACAGGUUGCCCACUCGUAUUUCACUACUAUCUUUGCUCCUCAGCUCAGAACCACAUAGGAACUCUCUGAUGAAGAUUCUGAACCAAGCAUAUGUGGAUCACGAUAUCUUAAAUGAAAAUUUGGACUACAUCGUUGGGAACAUUUCGGUGGGUAACAUAAUAUCCUUUAGCGAUGAAGAAAUCCCUUCUGGAGGUAGAGGAAAUUACAAAGCCUUGCAUAUCACUACCAAGUGUAAAGGUUGUACCGUCGCAAAGGUACUGCUUGACAACGGAUCGUCCUUAAAUGUGAUGCCCAUGAGGACCUUGGCCCGUUUACCCAUCAACAUGUCCUACAUGCGAAAGAGUCAGAUGAUCGUGAGAGCUUUCGAUGGAACAAGGAGAGAAGUAGUAGGGGACAUUGAGAUACCGGUAGAAAUUGGCCCAUGUACCUUUACCAUUGAAUUCCAGGUUAUGGAUAUUGCUCCUUCAUACAAUUAUUUGUUGGGAAGACCUUGGAUACACAUGGCUGGGGCCAUACCUUCAUCUCUUCAUCAGAAGGUCAAGUUCAUCGUGGAAGGGAAGAUUGUCUGUGUUAACGGGGAAGAGGACUUACUCAUAAGCAAGCCAGCAGAUACGCCUUACGUGGAAGCGACGGAAGAAGUGCCUGAAUGUUCCUUUCGAUCCUUCGAGUUCGUUAACACCACGUAUGUGGGAGAAGGAACCACACCGCCUAUUCCGAGGCUUUCCAAAACCACCAAGAUGUGGGUGGAUGGCAUUUACAAGGGUGGUGAGUCACGAAUGCAAGGGGUUAGGAGUGAUUUGUCGUUUGUGGGAUUGAUGAAGCUGGUUGAAGAUGUUGUUGAGGUAAACUUAGAAAUUGAUGAGAUUGAGUUACAUGCAUUGGUCAGUACACUCGAAGAGCUAUCACGGCCAAUUAUCAAGGACGAUGAGGAUGUUGCAUUAAUUCUGCUAGAACAGAGGAAUGUUCUGGCUAUGUAUGUCAGCAUUAAGGGAUGUCAAACAAAUGUUAUGUCACAUGAAUAA